AUGGAUCGCGUCGGCGGCAAGACUCUGUCAGUUCCAGCUCCUCCUCAGGGCGUCGUUGUCGAUGUUGGCGCUGCGUGGACCAAUGAUACCAGCCAGGUCGAGAUGUACCGCUUAGCCAAAGACUUUGGCUUCGAGCUCAUCGAACAAACCGCCACUGGGCUAAACUUGUACCAAGAUAACAAGCAGAAUACGCUGGACGACAAGCAACAAGCGCAGCUAUAUGAGACCUUUGGGCAGAUGGCUGUUCUCGUGGACCGUUCUGAUCCAGAGAUGCCGUGGCUAGGACCCGAUGCCAAGAGGACUGACUCUCUCACACUCGCGGAGCUGGGAGAAAAGGAGAUUAGAGGCGGCAUCGGUUCGGUUGUCUUGAACGUUCUGUCGCGAGCUAGCCUUGGUCUUGAAAGCAGCGAAGUUGGUGCUCUGCCUGUCAUCGACUACGUAAAAGCUGGAACGGGACUGGAGAACAUCUCCUCAGACCUCAAAGACGGUGCUAAGUACUUGCGAAACCGCCAAGAUAAGUCAUACGAGUGUAUUCCGGCAAGAUACUACUCGAAGACUAUCUUGGUUUUCGAGAAGCCCUGGUGGCGAGAUGCGGGCUUUUCAGGCGCCAUUGCGUCAGAGACUGGGCCAAUCGUUUUCAGCAGAGACACUUGCGUACCCGAUGACAGGCAGUACAGCAUCACCUGCUUUCACGUUGCUGAGCCUGGUAGGCAGUGGUCUAAGUUGCGGGCGGAAGACCGGCGGGAGGCUGUCCUCAAGCAAUUCCGGGCCAUGUUCAGUACAGUGGUUGACGAUGUCGCUGAGCCAAUCAACAUCAUAGAGAAGGAAUGGACGAAGGAUCCAUGGGCGAGAGGAGCUCCUUCUCCAGUCAUGGGCCCAGAAGUCUUGACAAGUGACGCCGGAAAGGCUGUUCGCGAGCCCGUAGGCCACAUCCAUUUCAUCGGAACCGAGACAUCUCUCGUCUGGAAAGGGUACAUGGAAGGGGCGGUGCAAGCUGGUAUCAGGGGCGCAAAGGAAGUCAUCGCGGACUUGGCGGAAUGA